UAAAAGCAAAACCAAACUGGCGACUAGAGAAUUAAUAAGGGGUAAAAAACAAGAAAUGAGUUAAAGUUAAACUACCGAAGGAGUUUUAAUUGCUGCUAACGUUAGCUCAAAUAUCGGAUCUUGUUUUUUCUUUCUGGUUGUAGUUGAAGUUUUCUCUUUGAUCAUUUAGGGCUUUAUUAGCAGCAUGAGGCUGGUGAUUCUAGAUGACUAUGAUCUGGCCAGCGAGUGGGCUGCUAAAUACAUCCGGAACAGGAUCAUCGAGUUCAAACCGUCUGCAGACAGAUACUUUACUCUGGGUUUACCCACAGGCAGCACUCCUUACGGCUGUUACCAGAAGUUAAUAGAGUUCUACAAAAGCGGAGACCUUUCCUUUAAAUAUGUGAAAACCUUCAACAUGGAUGAAUAUGUGGGUCUGCCCCGUGCUCAUCCGGAGAGCUAUCACUCCUACAUGUGGAACAAUUUCUUCAAGCACAUCGACAUUGAUCCGGCCAACGCUCACAUCCUGGAUGGGAACGCAGAGGACCUAGAGGCUGAGUGUAACGCCUAUGAGCAGAAGAUUGCUGCAGCCGGAGGGAUUGAGUUGUUUGUUGGAGGUAUCGGCCCUGACGGCCACAUCGCCUUUAACGAGCCCGGCUCCAGCCUUGUUUCCAGAACCAGAGUGAAAACACUGGCAAAGGACACCAUUGUGGCAAACGCUCGUUUCUUUGGGAACGACCUCUCCAAGGUUCCCACCAUGUCUCUCACUGUGGGAGUGGGAACCGUAAUGGAUUCCAAGGAGGUGAUGAUUCUGAUCACAGGGGCUCACAAGGCCUUUGCUCUGUACAAAGCCAUUGAGGAGGGGGUGAACCACAUGUGGACGGUGUCGGCCUUCCAGCAGCACCCGCACACCAUCUUUGUGUGCGACGAGGACGCCACGCUGGAACUGCGUGUCAAAACUGUGAAAUACUUCAAAGGUACUUACUGAAAUUUUAUGUUUGUCC